GGUUAAAUAUUCCACGGAACUCGUUGUUUCGCGAUAAAAAAGAAAUAAUAACGGUCGUCGAUUGUGUUCGGUACAAGAAGCGACAAGUGAGGCAAAAAUUUACAAUUCAAAAUCUGCUCGGUAUGGUUGUAGGUGUCUAAUUAUUAUCGUUAUUGAGCGCGACGCGGCUGAUAAUGAAGAUCGAAGUUAUUUACACGUUAUGACGAAGUUUCGCCGAUAGAAGUCGUCGUCGGAUAACGAAUAACAACCGAUUACCGAAUAGUGCGGGUGGGGGGGAGGCUACACGCCCUCCUGAAAAGUACUCGACAGCAGAGUCUGCGACGGUUUGCCAGACGAUAAUUGACCUCAGUCGAGCAUUGAGCUUGUACUGGACCAGAGCGGUUCUGCCGCACCGAUGCUCAGCCAACGACGCGUCUCAAAGUGCAUGUUAAGAUGAAGAGCUGCAGCGCUAAACUGUUGUGCCUAUUCGUGAUAGUCACCGGGUGCGUGGUGAGUUCGUGCGAAUGUGAUGAAAUAAGGGAAAGGUUCAACAUCCUCGGGGUGUUCGGGCACCUGGGAAAGAGUCACUUCGACGUAUUUUUACCGAUCCUCGAGGAGCUGGCCCACCGAGGGCACAACGUUACGGUCCUUUCUUUCUUUCCGCGGAAGGACAGGAUCCCGAACUACAGGGACAUAAGCUUGGGUGACUCGACGGCGAUAUUCCUGAACGUCAUUGACCUGACGAAACUCGAUCAUUCGAUAUUUUACAUUGUCUCCGAGCUGAAAAUGCUCCACAACAUGGCUGAGAUAGCCUGCUAUAGUGCGCUAAGAACCACCGCUGUCAAGGAGUUUCUCAAGUCGGAUGAAAAAUUCGAUCUCAUUUUGACGGAGUCGUUCAACACCGACUGCUUCCUCGGUUUCGUGCACAAGUUCAAAGCUCCGUUCAUAGGACUCUCGUCCCACGCGAUCAUACCCUGGGUAAACAAUCGUUUGAACAACCCCGAUAAUCCAAGCUACAUUCCUGGUCUGUUUCACUCUGUUUCGCCGAGUAUGACCUUCUUCGAACGAGUCAUGAACACUUUUUGGAUCGUGGCUGAACAGAUCGCCUACGAUCUGAUAUUCACAAGACCAAUGCAAUCGCUGGUGGAGGAGACUUUUGGCCCCGGAGUUCCUCCGCUUCAAGAUAUUGCGAACAACAUGACAGCCCUGAUGGUGAACACGCACUUUAGCCUACACGGUGCAAGGCCGCUCAGUCCAAGUGUGGUCGAGAUCGGUGGAGUGCAUAUUCGCGGCGCCAAGCCAUUGCCCAAAGAUUUACAAGAUUUUCUGGACUCCGCGGAGCAUGGCGUGCUAUACUUCAGCUGGGGUUCGAUGGUGAGAGCGUCGUCGAUGCCAAAUGAAACACUGGCGACGAUCGUCGAGGCGCUUGGGAGGCUGAAACAGAAGGUUCUUUGGAAAUGGGAGAACGACGACCUGCCCAACAAGCCGAAAAACCUGAUGACCCGGCAAUGGUUACCGCAGUUCGACGUUUUGUCUCAUCCAAACGUCAAAGGUUUCCUGGCUCACGCGGGACUCUUGGGGCUUUCGGAAGCGAUUUACGUCGGGGUUCCGAUAGUCGCGGUUCCGAUGUUCGGCGACCAGCACGGGAACGCUAAAGCAGCCGAAGCGAGAGGCGCUGCGAUAAUACUCCAGUACGAAGAUAUCACGGUGGACACCCUCACCGGCGCCCUUAACGAGAUACUGAACAAUCCGAGCUACCGCAGGAACGCUCGGGCAGUUUCCGAGGCCUACAGAGACCGGCCAGCUUCCGCUUUGGAAACGGCCGUUUGGUGGGCCGAGUACGUGGCGAGGGGCAAAGGUCGGCCUUUCCUGCGAAGCGCGUCCGCCAAUUUGUCCUGGUACCAGUACCAUCUCCUGGAUGUAAUCGGUUUCCUUUCUCUGGCCGGGCUGGCCGUUCUAUUCGUUGCAGUUUUUGCCGUUAAACGCCUCUUGAAAGCGCUCAAUUUGCCCGUGAAGAAAGUCGGAAUAACGUCCGAGGCGAACGACUUGACUAAAAAUGAAACCAACAAGAAAAGGAAUUGAGAAUCGACGAUCCAUUGUCAACGGAGUUUGAACAGCUCGUUAAAAAUGUUUAUUAAAAUCGGGAAAACAAUUGUCCACGCGGUGGAUUCUUUAAAUAAAUUAAACUUCCCGCUGUUUAUGAAAAAAUGAAAAAAAAAAGGGAACAAUCGGAGAGUACAUUUGUCAUCGAAGUUUCGAUAACGCCUUUUAUAGUUAUAAGCGUGUGUAUGAUGUAUGUAUAUAUCCUGCGCGUAUAAGGAAAUAUAUUCCGCGCAAGUGUCAGGGUGAGGUAUUAAAAUGUGUUGCUUGACUGUCGACCCUCAUUUUUUUCUUCCUCCUACGUCGGAGUUCCGAUAUGCCAAGUUGAAUUUCACCCAGGAUUGAAAGAGUACGGUUCUGGAGUUUCAAACUUGCUAUUCAAGUGAUUUGUACAGUUUUUCUUAGCCCAUUUUUCACUUUCAGUAAUAUAUAUGUAUAAAAUAGCGGUUUUCAUGUUACUGUUCAUAAAUUCGUAAAACUAUGAAUUUACGAAAUUCAAAUUGUACAAAAAAAAAACUCAUUAAAUGUCUAUUCGAGAUAGCAUUCAAUUAUCGCCCAUCUUUUAAAAACAAUACGAACCCAAAUAAAAUUUGUUUUUGUUUGUGUAUAUACGUAUAUAUGCACAAGGUCUGGGUAAAAAUAUAUCUAUGUACAUAUUACUGAGAGUUAGAAAUUGGAUAAGAAAAACUGUAGAAAUCACUUGAAUAGCAAGUUUCAAAUUCUAGAACCGUACUUUUUCAGUCCCGGAAACAAUUCAACUCAGCGUAUGCUAACUCCGAUGUAUGGUGAAGAAAAGAUAUCGAAGCUACAGGACCAGACGGCUCAGAAAUAACAAUUCAAACAAAAAGAACUCAUAACAAAAAUAUCAAACUUGAAAUUUAAUUUAAUUUAUUGUAAUUACAUGUUUCGUUAAUUUUUUCUCAUGGGUUAUUUUUAUCUUGAGUUAUUCUUGUUUGGGUUAUUUUUAGACGAAAUACUAAUGUCGGUCACCAAUACGCAGAAUCUGGAUAUGAAUCACAUCUACAUCUGCUCAGAAACACGUGAUAUAGAUAUGCUGUAGAGGUGGUACUGUGUUAAUUAUUAUCUACAUGUGCAUGUAAGCAAAGAUAUGGAUAUAAUAAAUAGUGAUUAUUUAUUUGCA